GUCACAUCAGAGGAGCUACGUGUGCGCCAGGACGUAAAACUUCUCUACGCUUUGCUCCUACAUGGGACUAUACAUUGAUUUUGGAACAGCGUGCAGAAAACGUGAGGCUUCGAGUUAAUAUUACGCACAAGAAGUGGACGUAUUUUUCGACAGGGGUAACACAGAAUUGGAUGUAAAAAAAAAAAAAAAAAAAAAAAAAAAAAAAAGCAAGAGGACAUGUGGGUUUUGGCUUGCCUUAUACCACAAUUUCCAAGUACAGAUGACCUACGACCGCUACUGUUAUGUGAAAAUACACGCUGAAGGAUUUAUAUAAAAAUAUUGGCUCGGUUUCAGAGAAGAUGCUACUACGGGACGCGUCGCAUCUUUGGCUGCUCUGCUUCACCGUGGGCUCCGUGUACAUCAGUGGAUUUCCGACCAACUUCAAGAAACUCUCCGCCAAGGACAGAAACACGACGGAAAGCGAGGCCUCCUCAGAUCACACAGACAGUCCUCAGAGUCUACAGGAGCUGGUGGAGGAGAACCUGCUCCAGACCCUGCCCUCCUCCCUCUCCUCCCCCUCCUCCUCUCUCUCCCGUCAGCGCUGGCCUCACCCUCGUCACCCCGGGGUGCUGCCUCAGCCUGAGCCCCAUGAGGACCCUGCACCCUUCAUACUGGACAUCAGGAACUUUCCCGAGCUCGCCAACGCAGACAUGAGCUCUCAGAACCCCAACAUACAGGUGACUAUCGAGGUGGUGGACGACACACAGCCGCAGACAGAGGUGGAGAUGGACUUGGCCAAAGAAUCUCAAAGAAACGACUGGUCCGUCUCCUCGUCCGAAUGGGCCAGCAGUCACAAGAAGCUCUUCUGGCCCCUGUUUUGGGAGUACCCGGAUCGCCAUGACAACGGGCUGGAGGGGCUGGACAGUGCUGAAGGGCAGGACCUGACCUUCGACCCCGAGGAGCCGGUGCUGAGCGGACUUGGAGGAGACUGGGGAAGCAACUGGAACAAAGAGUGGAGAGAUAACUAUGAGUAUGAGGAGGAGUGGAGUGAGUGGGCCCCCUGCAGUGUGAGCUGUGGACAGGGCUCUCAGAAGAGGACGAGGUCGUGUGGUUACGCUUGUGUCGCCACAGAGUCCAGGACCUGUGAGUUCCGCAGCUGUACAGUCACUGUGAUGCCAGUGACCGACACAACUCCACUCCAUCCGACCAACAGCACAGAGUUUCUGGACACAAAUGUUGACAGCUGUGAGAAGUGGCUGAGCUGCAAGAACGACUUCCUCCAGAAAUACCUCCACCAAGUCCUCACCGAAUUACCCAGCUGCCCCUGCUCCUACCCCUCCGAGGCCGUGUACAGCGCCGUCAACAUCCAGGACCCCAAACUACGAAAAACAUACCGAUGGAGAGACGCCAGCGGCCCCAAAGAGCGUCUGGACAUCUACAAAGCUUCAGCCAGAUUCUGUAUUCGCUCGAUGCUUUCUUACGACAGCACCACGCUCGCGGCCCAACACUGCUGCUAUGACGACCAAAUGAGGUUAAUUACGAGAGGCAAAGGGGCGGGGUCACCGAAUUUGAUAAGCACAGAGUUUUCGCCAGAGUUGCAUUAUAAAGUCGAUGUUCUACCGUAUUUGUGCAAAGGAGAUUGGAGCAGGUUUCAUUUGGUGAGACCUCCUAAUAAUGGACUAGAGUGUGCCCCAAACCCCAAUGAAGAGGUGUUCCAGACUGAACUGCAAGAAGCAAAGGAAUACUGA